AUGGCUUGGAGGUUGUUGCUUUCGUUCUUCCUUUCCUUGACCUGCGCCUUGCAAGUCUCUGCACAAACCGGUGCCAGCGCUACGAUUUCGACUCCUCCGCCGACUUCUUCUGUCCCAGCCGACAAUGGCACGACCGGCGGCGGCAGUACACCGACGGGUGGCUCGACGUCCGCUACCGACAGCGCGCCGGAUGUGUACUUGAAUGUGCCGAAGUUGCACGUUGGACGUAUCGAGCUUGACGUCGAGAACCUCAGCGCGGACAUCAACCUCAACGCCAACGUAGCGCAGCUCGUCAAGAUCAAUGCCGGAGUGCAGUUGGGCAUCUCAAAGGUUAACAUUACCAUUGCCGAUGUUGACGCUGAACUGGAUUUGAUCGUGCGACUCGGCAACCUCGUGGAGAUCGUCGGCAGGGUGUUCGAGUCGCUGGAUCUCAAUCCCCUCUUGAUCAACACCAUUAACGGCGUGACCGGGCUGCUUGAUGACGUGAUUGGAGAAGUGGAUGGAUUGCUUGGUUCCAUUACUCAAGGCGGGAAGACGUUGAGCUUCCUCGUCGAUAACCUCGGAAACAUCGUGCAAGAAGUCGGCGGCGUCAGCUCGAUUGUUGGCAACUAUGCUCAGAACAUGACUUUGGUGGCCGACUCGGCGAAGGACCUGGGCCAGGGUCUGACGCAGAAGACCUUCUCCUACGGUCCUCUUGACGCGCUCGUGAAUAUUGUGUUCAACAAGGCAGGCCAGAUCGUGCAGGCUGCGGUGGAGAAGACCGCGAAGGGCUCGAGCAGUGGUGGUGGAAGUGCAAGUGCCAGCGCUGUUCCGAGUUCUGCGGCUGCUAGUGCUUCUGCGGCGAGAUAG